AUGUCUGACAAGGAAGGUGGGGCCUCAGAGGGGGGGCUGAAUGUUACCCUCACUUUACGGCUUCUGAUGCAUGGGAAGGAGGUAGGCAGCAUAAUUGGAAAGAAAGGGGAAACCGUCAAAAAGAUGAGAGAGGAGAGUGGAGCUCGCAUCAACAUUUCAGAGGGAUCUUCUCCAGAGAGGAUUGUUACCAUCACCGGACCAACAGAGGGCAUCUUCAAAGCUUUCUCUAUGAUCGCUGAGAAGUUUGAGGAGGACAUUACAGCUGCAAUGACAAACAGCACGGUAACAAGCCAUCCUCCAGUGACACUCCGCCUUGUGUUCCCAGGGAGUCAGUGUGGCUCCUUGAUAGGCAAAGGAGGCUCCAAGAUCAAGGAGAUCAGAGAGACCACAGGUGCUCAGGUGCAGGUUGCAGGGGACAUGCUGCCAGAAUCCACUGAGAGAGCUGUCACUAUCUCAGGCACUCCUCAGGCCAUCACACAGUGUGUCAAACACAUCUGCUCUGUCAUUUUGGAAUCACCGCCCAAAGGACCAACUAUCCCAUAUCGCCCCAAGACCAUGCCAGGAGCCGGCCAUCCAGCCUUCACAAUUCAAGGACAGUAUGCGUUUCCACAUCAAGAUUUGACCAAGCUUCACCAGUUGGCUAUGCAGCAUAUCCCCCUCCCUUCCCUUGGGCAAAGCAACCCUACCUUCCCUGGAAUGGAGGCCCCUGUCCCCACAAGUUCUCAGGAGCUGGCAAUACCCAAUGAUUUUAUUGGCAGCAUAAUUGGCAGACAAGGCAGCAAGAUCAAUGAGAUUCGCCAGGUGUCAGGAGCUCACAUCAAGAUAGCCAGUGCCACGGACGGAUCGCCCAUGCGCCAAGUCACAAUCAUAGGCUCUCCUACCAGCAUCAGUGUGGCACACUACCUCAUCAAUGUCAGCUUAGAGAUGGCUAAAUACACCAUGCAGGCUGCUUCCUCUGCGUCGUCUGUUGACCUCAGCAAUAUGAGCUUCUCUCAGUCUGCUCCCACUGUCUCCACACCCACCUCCAUGGCUGUCAUGGCCGCCGCCACCCAAGUCCCUGGCACCAUUAACAUGCACUCCCCCUCCACCUUACAGUCCAUCCCCACCCAGCACUAUGCUGUCCCCGUUUCUAGUCUGCUUGGCAUGAAAACGCUCCCUAUGCUGGCUAUGCACCCAGCAGCUGCCUCAGGGCUCCCGCAAGGUCUAUCCCCUUACACCACUAAGAUUCCUACUGCUGGCAUGAAAAAACCUGAGCGCCAGAAGUUUGCCCCAUAUUGA